AUGAAAGGUUUCCCUGAAGUUAUAGAGGAGUUUUUGGAACAUGAACCAACUAUGAAAUGUGUCGCUUUCAAUCGUCGCGGUACUCUGCUAGCCGCUGGGUGCAACGACGGAAGCUGCGUUAUCUGGGAUUUUGAAACCAGGGGCAUUGCCAAGGAGCUUAGAGAUGAAGAAUGUUCUUCUCCGAUAACCAGUGUUUGUUGGUCGAGGAGUGGUAAUCGAAUUUUGGUAUCUGCUGUAGACAAGUCGCUAACAAUGUGGGAUGUUAUGAGUGGUACAAGAAUAACUAGAAUAUUUUUGAUACAAACUCCUCUACAAGUUAGUUUUUGUCCAGGUUCAUCGAAUUCGUCUCUCUGCUUGGUAUGUCCGGUUUCAUGUACUCCGAUGAUUGUUGACUUAAACAACGGAAAUACAACUCUUCUGAAAAUUUCCGUGUUAGAGAAGUCGAAUGGACUAAACCCUGCGGCCUCGCGUAACAAGGGGCCUGGUGGAACCCCUGUCACGCCUGCGGCUGCAUGUUUUAACAAGACUGGCAACUUAGUUUAUGUGGGAAAUUCGAAAGGGAAAAUUCUUGUGAUUGAUGGGAAAGACGGUGAGGUGCGCGCCAUGGUUCGUGUUUCUGAUUCUAUAGUGAAGAAUGUUGUAUUCAGCAGGAAUGGACGAUAUCUUCUAACGAAUUCAUAUGAACGAAUAAUCAGAAUCUAUGAAAACCUCCUCCCUUUGAAAAAUGAAAUUAGAGCACUUGAUGAACUGGAUGAGAACCAAAAGGAUCUGGAUGGCAUUGAGAAGUUGAACGCGGUAGGAUCAAAAUGUUUAACUUUGGUCCGGGAAUUUAAAGAUUCGGUCAGGAAGGUGCACUUGAAAGCACCUUGUUUCAGUGCUAACGGUGAGUGGGUUGUUGGUGGUUCUGCUAACAAAUCAGAACACAAGAUUUAUAUAUGGAAUAGAGACGGACAACUUGCGAGAAUCCUGAAAGGGCCCAAGGAGAGUCUUCUCGAUUUGGCAUGGCAUCCUGUACGACCGGUCAUUGUAUCUGUUUCCGUGACCGGUGUAGUUUAUAUCUGGGCUAAACAUUACACUGAGUAUUGGAGUGCUUUAUAUCCUGAUUUCACAGAAAUUGAUAAAAAUGAGGUCCUUGUGGAGGAAGAAGAUGAAUUUGAUUUGAAUCCCAGACCAAAGGUAAAUGUAUCCGAUGUUGAUGAAGAUGAGGAAGUUGACAUCUUGACGGUGGAGAAAGAUACCACUUUCAGUGACUCUGAUAUGUCUCAAGAAGAGUUAUGUUACCUGCCAGUAACUCCCAUUCCCGAUCCUCCUGAACUACUGUUGAUUCAGGAACAAGUUCAGGAACCACAAGUUCCUGAACCUCAAAUCAUGCUUUUAGAAUACUAUUCAAAUCCGGUGGACAACAAUAACUCUGGAUCUUUUAUUCCCGAAUCAGCUGAACCAAAUGUAGAGUUGAUGAAUCAAGCCUUAACAUUAUAUAUAGAUGAUGGUGAGGGAACAAGGGGUAAAAGAAUGCGAAAACCUUCUCAGAAGAUGCUGGAGUUGCAGGAACAACAAGCCAAGAAAGCAUCAAAAUCCAAGAAAAAACUUUUAAAUGAGGAAAAUAAUGAUGAUGCUAAUGCUAAUGCAGAUGCGGAGGGAACACAUAUUAAAAGAGGGCGAAAACCUUCUAAGAAGGAUAAAGAUCUUUGA